AGGGCGGGUGGGAAGAUGGCGGCCACUGCCGCCGGUGGGCUCCCUGGGAAGGGGCAUGAUAUCAGCCUGGCGGCCCUGCAGCGCCACGACCCCUACAUCAGUCGCAUCGUGGAUGUGGCCAGCCAGGUGGCUCUGUACACUUUCUUCCAUCGGGCCAACAAGUGGGAGAAGACUGAUGUGGAAGGAACCUUAUUUGUUUAUACAAGGUCUGCCUCUCCAAAGCACGGAUUCACCAUUAUGAAUAGGCUCAGCAUGGAGAACAGGACAGAACCCAUUACUAAAGACCUGGACCUCCAGCUCCAGGACCCUUUCCUUCUCUACAGAAAUGCCACAUUGUCCAUUUAUGGAAUUUGGUUUUAUGAUAAGGAAGAGUGCCAAAGAAUUGCAAAAUUGAUGAAAAACCUCACUCAGUGCGAACAGCUGAAGGCCUGUCAUGGCGCUGGAGCAGGAUCCUCCCCAGUGCGCCUGAGUUCAGGAGAGGGAAGAGAAGUGGAUAUCUUACAGAUGCUCACGAAGGCAAAGGAUGAAUACACAAAGUGUAAGAGUUGUUCUGAGCCAAAACAGAUGACCAGCUCUUCUGCCAUCUGUGACAACCCCAAGCUUAUCAAGCCUGUGCCUGUGAGACCCAGUAGCAGCCAGAGGCUGCAAGAGCCCCCACCCAACAAGACCUCGGACCCUGAGCCCCAACACUUAUCUUUGACAGCUCUGUUUGGGAAACAAGACAAAGCUCCCUGUCACGAAACUCUGAAAUCUUCCCAGACCUUCGUCCACCACCAUCACCACCACCUCCACCACCACCAGCAUCAGCAGCAAGAACAGCUUCUAGUUCGUCAAGGAGUCACAUGCUCCCUGCCCUAUGAAGAGCCCAGAAAGCUCUCACUCCCAGUGGAGAAGCAGCUAUGCCCAGCCAUUCAGAAACUAAUGGUCGGAAACACAGGGCUGCACCUGCUGCCACAGCACCCUGAACAGUGGCCCUGUGAAAGUGGCAGCCCCAGUCAUGUGGGGGGAGUUCCUCCCUGUACUGUCCAGCUGGGGUCCCCCUGGAACGGUAGGACUGCCUGCUGUGCACAGAGCACUGCCCGCUGUGCCCAGAGCACUUGCAGAAACCACAAGCUACUAGAGCAGCUUCAAGGUGCCUCUGGGGCAGCGCACAAGUGUAAGCCCUGUGCACCUGCCAGGCUGUCUGCAGCCACUCAGGUGACUCCGGGCCAAAAUGCAGCCCAGUCACAGCUGGUAUACUUCGGCGGUCCCCUUCCUCCUCCCACACCAGGACAUGAAGCUCUCAGGAGGGAGCAGUGUGCACUCCCAGCACACGUGCUGCCCUUCUCUGGCAGCCAGGAGAGCAGCCCCAGUGUGCUCCCCACUCAGGAGCUGCUGAGAAAGCUCCAGGCCGUACAUCAGGAGCAGCAGCUCCAGGCGGUCCCCCGGCCAGCCUUAGCAGCCAGGUUCCCCAUGUCAGCCCAGGGCUCAGGGACAGAAAAGCCCUUGGAAGCCUGGGCCAGCAAGACAUCCAGCAUGGAGAAACAGGCUCCUCCUCUGCAGAUCACCUCAGCUCAGUGUAUCCCUGCUCCAGUGACUUCUCUGCUGAUGCCCCCUGUGGUUUUCACACAGUCCACCUGUGCCCCAUUGAGGGAGACUGAAUCCGGGCUCAUGCCCCUAGGAGGCCAAGAACUUCCUGCUGCCUCCUCCAGCCUCCUUUUGCCCCUACAGAACUGGGAAUCCUCCACUGUGGCCAGCAGGCCCCUCACCAGGCUGCAGCUCCAGGAGGCACUGCUGAACCUCAUCCAGAAUGAUGACAGCUUCUUAAGCAUAAUCUAUGACACCUAUCUCUUCAGUGUGACACAAGCGGCCAUGAGGAAAGCCACGUAACCAACUACAGGAGAGCAAAGACCGUGAGGGUGGACUCUCUAGGUCCUUCCUGUGGACUGGUGGGACCAAACAUGUUUCUGCCUUUUUAACAAAGUAUAGUAAUACAAAGUAAAAUGUUUUUGUACUGUCAAAUAUCUUGGGGGUUUUUUGUUCCUUGUAUUUGAAGAAUUCCAUCUUCCUGUAUACAAAUUGAGUGGGUAGAUGAUUCGAGCUCAGUUCAUAUAAGAUUAAAUUUUUCCUACAUUUAUAAGGCCAUUUUAAAAAGAAUUUGGGCUCUUCAUAGGAGAGGAUGUUCUCAGAGCCGUUUAUUAAUAGCUCAAGCUAAAGAGAGCAAUUUCCUGGUGUUAGGCUCUGUGUGCCAUGGUGCUCGAUAACCACCAGGGGGCAAUAUUACCCCACAAGUCAUCUACUAAGGGUUUCAUGAGCUCUUAGAAGUCAACCUUUCAUUUGUAAAGCUCUGUUCGGUGUGUUUCGUCUGAGCCUUUGGAGAAAGAAUCUUUCUGAGGGCGUUUCUGGCCAGUGUCUAUCUAGGAGCUGUCACCAGUGGCCCAAGACAUGAAGCAAUGGUCACGUUUCUCAAUUCAGGAUACUCCUUGAGGCCCAAACAGCUCUUGCUUUCAAACAGACACUCAACUCACAUUUAGAAAUGGUGCUGAAGGGAGGUCGCAUGAGAAUAGGUAGUGACUAUUUGUGGGCAGAAGGUCAACGAUUCUCCGAGCUCUGUGGAGUCCUCUGCUGUGUCCUGUGCAGAGAUAAGAAGCAGAAGAGCCUGGCAGUCCCCGAAGGGCGGGCGAGUGUGGAAAUUGACCCCUGCUGAAUAUGCACAAUGAAUAAAGCUUCAUGUCUUUACUGCCUUAGAUAUUCCUGGAUUGUAAAAAGAUCUUUGGGUUAGUGCUUCCUAGAAGAACCUUAUUCUUUCUAUGGAGAGUUUAAAAUGGAGGCCGGGAUGGGGGUGCAGGUUUCCUUCCAACUUCUGAUGCCCAGACCAGGACCAGAAGCCUAGCAGCAGGGGACAUGACCUGUCCUGUAGGAGGGCUGGCAGGCUUUCCCCUAAGGAAGAAUGGCGGACUGAGGAGGAGCUGCCCUCUGUCCGGCUUCGCUGUGCUGUGCUUUGUCCCACAUCUGCUGCGUCAGCCUCUGGAAGGGAUGCCUCCCGUAUGUCAUCCCACACUGCUGGAGCCCAUAAGUAUCUCGCAAACACUCGCCAGUAAUUAUACCUGCCUCCACUCCACAGUCUCGUAAGGAGAAGGAAGCCAGAGAGACGUCUGUGCUUCUGUGGUCCUAAGUCAGUAAAAACAGCAUCACUUUGGUAACAUGUCUACUAAAAUUGGAGCAAUAUUAGGCUGGGAAUAUGGCCCUGUGGAGAGACUUCCCUACAUAAGGUUCUGGGCUCAAUCCCUAGCACUUAAAGAAAACAAACAGAAAAAAAAAUGUGGCUUGGUGAUAAAUGUAAGCAAAAUAAAAUCAUGGAGAAUGUUUUAACAUUCUAUAAUUGCAUGUUUAAAGAUGCUUCUGCAGCCAGAGAAAGAUGAAUUUCAUUCCUAACAUUUCUGAUGUAUUUGUGUCAAUGGGUAGCUUUAUUUUAUGAAAUUGUUUCGCUUUCUUCACAUGAAUGAGUAAAACUGUAGCAGCAGCAGCAGCUGCUGCCCUUGGCAGAGCAAGCCAGGAUGGGAGGUCAGAGGCCAUGCAGCCUUUUUAAACCAGUGCUACAGGCGUCUGUUUUGACAAAAUGGUGCGUUCUCCAUCGUCCAUUGUUCUAAGUCAUCUUAAAAGCGGCAAGCCAAUUCCUUUAGACCAAAGAUGGCCACCCGCAGAACAGUCAGGAUGGGUGCUUCCCUCCUUACCUCAGCAGGCCAGAGUUGUCUACGGAGCCCCAUGGACACAGGAAGAGACAGAUCAGAAUGGUUUUCUAGGCACCCAGGACUGCUCUUCCCGUGUAAAUUUCCUCUUCCUGUGCCACGUCCUGAACCCAAAUUCAGCUUCCACUUCAUGGUCUCUGUCCCAGCAGCUGUUUUGACCACCUUGGAUUUCAGGUAGAACCUGGAAUACUGUGGCUAAGGCAGCUUCAUCCGGUGCGGUGGGUGUCACCUUGCAGAGCCAGGGGAGUCAGGUGGAACAUGAGUGGGGUCCCUUGGCCCUGCCUUCAGCUCCUGGACCAGUCCCUUUAUGAGACCCCUUAUUCAUGAAUUAGAGACCUCACGGAGUCCAAAAGACUAAACUGUCAUAGUCCAGGGCUACGUGACCGUCAUUGGGAGGGACCCACAGCUGCUCAGGGCGGCGGCUCCUAACAUCGCCCUGACAGCAUUACCUGAGGGCCACCUUGCUGUGUCCCCCUACUUUACUGAUGCGGUGGAAGCAGUCUUGUCCCUUCUUUAUGAAGGAACUCGUGAACUGCGGCGCUGAUGUCACUGUAUUCCUGUGUGCGACCCUGGCUUAAGUUAAGUUCCUGUCAUUGUGACCUCAAGCCUGAGAUGAAUCCACUUGAAGGAUAAAUACUUUCCUUUGGGACACAGUUCCACGGGUUUCAGUGCGUGGCCGGCUGGCUCUGUUGAUGUGAGAUCUCUUGAUGAGAGGUAGAAAGCCAGGGUGGAACAAAGCUUUUACCUUGUGGCAGCCGGGAAGCAAAGAGGAAGAGGAGGUCUGUGCUGGCCAGAUCUGUGUCAUCUUCACACAAGCUGGAGUCAUCACAGAAGAGGAAACCCCAGUUCAGAAAAGGGCUCCCUAAGAUAGGGCUGUAGGCAAGCCUGUAAGCCUGGGGGAGGGCCGAGCCCAUUGUGGGUGGUGCCAUCCCUGAGCUAGUGGUUCUGGGUUCCGGAAGGAAGCAGCCUGAAUGAGCCAUGUGGAACAAGGCAGUAAGCAGCACCGACCACACCCCCCCCCCAUGGCCUCUGCAUCGGCU